AUGAGCGAAAGGGGUCCGUCUCAAAUCCUCCCAACUUCCUGGCAAUCUUAUCAAUCCAGAGCCUCAGCGACCUUGAUUGAUGCCCAGUUAUACUCAAUCUCCAAGAGAGAAGGUGCAACUCCCGACGCUGUGCGCUCUGCCCAGGAAGAGGUCCGACAUUGCUAUGCCUUGCGGCCAGACGUUCGGGUACUGGUGGAGGCGUUGCUGGAGGACGGAAUCAAGGGCGUCAAACAACGGUGCACCUUACACCUGGGGGUCCCCAUGCAGCCCAUGUUGGCCAAGGCGUGCACCUCCAUCCAGGAGCUGUUGAAGCGGAUCUUGGGAUCGAUGCCUCACAAGGCAAAGAGGGGCUGGUGCGAGUGGUGCGAGUGGUGCGAUGCUGGCUGCCGAGUUCAAGUGCCCGCAAGCUUUGGCGAAUACAAAUACAACAGACGACUUCUGAUCAGUCGCAGUGUGUCAGAAAGCUCCUUGCAGCUUUGCGUCGUUGUGGCUCCCAAGUCGGGGCGGGGGGCAGGACGCGAGUCCCGGAAAGGUGCCAGCGAGGGAGAGCAUGCAGUCAUGCUACAUGGCUGCGGCAUCUGCGUUAGCCGGACAGUACAGACCGCGAACGCGUGCAAGUACGACGGCCAGCGCGCGCAGAUCCACGUCCUUCCUGGCAGUACUGUGAAGAUCUUCUCGCGGAAGCUAGAUGACAUGACGUACAAGUAUCCAGAUGUCGUCAAAGCUGUGUUGCGAUCUUCCAGGAUGCAGGUGCCCUGCGUGCUUGACGCCGAGAUUGUUGCCGUGGUGCCCAAGGAGUCGAACACGGGGGAGGCGGAGAGCAGCAAGGACCUGGAAGGGAAAGACAGCACCAAGGGGUCCAUUGAGGCUUUCCAGUCACUGGCCACUCGAAAGCGAAAGAAUGUCACAGAAGCCAACGCAGCCACGGCGUCCGUGGCCGUGAAGGUGUUUCUUUUCGACCUCCUCUUUUUGGGGGAGGAGCCUCUCAUUUCGUUGCCCUUCCAUCACCGUCGAGAAAAACUCCGCCAGAGCUUUGCAGAAGUGGAGGAUCUUGUGGCCUAUGCCGAAGCAGAGGACUUGGAGGGCAGCGCUGGCACGGCUGAAGCCACUCUCGAGGCUGCUUUGCGGCGUUCCGUGGCCAUGUCGUGCGAGGGCUUGAUGGUGAAGCAUUUGGGUUCAGGCUACGAGCCUUCAACAAAGCGGUCGGAUUGCUGGCUCAAGCUGAAGAAAGACUAUGUGGAGAGCAUGGGAGACUCGCUCGACUUGCCUCUUUGCGGCAAGCUUACGGUUGGAAGGAUCCCCAUCGGCGGCUGGCGCGGCAGCGGCCGCAAGUCGCGCUGGGUGUCGCCGUGGCUCCUGGCCACGUAUGACCCGGUUGAGGGUACCUUUGGCUCAGUUUGCCGAGUCAUGUCCGGCUUCAGCGAUCAGUUCUACAAGGAGAACACGAUCCGCUACCUGGGCCGCGAGCUCCAAGUCGGCGGCAAGGUCGAGGAGGCUCAUGAAGGCGGCUUGGCUGCCAGCAGUGGAGGUGAGGAGGCAGACGAGGAGGAAGACAUUGAGGUGGAGAGCGCAGACAGUGCAGCUGCAGAGGAAGAGGCGAGAUUCAUGUCCAGUCGGUCAGGCUCUGUUGGGAUGCAGCUGCGGUCCAAGGCCGAAGGAGUCGAGACCCUGGAGCAGCCGAGGUUUUGGUUCCAGCCCAGUGAAGUCUGGGAAAUUCGGGGAGCAGCAGCAGACCCAGCACUCCUCGUCAACUGUCCGAGACAUCACCAUUUCUCCAAAGCAUUUGGCUGCGAAGGGCGACUGGCCUUCUUGGUCAUGUCAUGCUUGGUGGAUCCGAAGCGAGGCCUCUCGCUACGCUUCCCACGCUUCAUACGCAAACGCGAGGACAAGCGCCUAGACCAGGCUACCACGCCGCAGCAGCUGGCGGAGCUUUGUUUGCAGCCGCGGGCAUUGUUUGAGGUCCCAGAGAAGAUGGACCUAAAGCAUAGUUAA